AUGGCAGUGUGGUAUAUUGGGGGGAUGGAGGUGGUUGAGCGCAACCACGCGCUCGUUGUCAACUCGUUCUUUUGGACAAUUCUGGCAUUUAUCAUUGUUGUCCUGCGUUUAUUCACCAGAGGAUAUGUUAUCAAGCGGAUAGGACCAGAUGACUGGCUUAUGGCCGGCGCUAUGGUCGCAUCUAUCGGCUUCUUAAUCGCAGAGAUGUACCAAAUCAAAUGGGGUUUAGGAAAGCCUGUCAACCCGGCCACGUUGAUUCAGUUUCUGGCUGCGCUCUAUGCGACGAUCCCGUUGUACAAUCUCUCGCAGACUCUGUAUAAACUCUCUGUUGCGACUCAGCUCUAUCGUCUUUUCAACACGCCGAAAAACCAACUCAAGAUCAAAAUCAUGUUUGCAUGGAUCCUGCUAUGCGGCAUGUACACCGUUUUGGGCUGCCUUUUCUACUGCAGCCCAGUGAAGAAGGCUUGGGACGUCUUCGUACCCGGAACCUGCAUGGAUCGUGACGUUCUUCACUACACAAUUUCUGCCCUGAACAUCCUGAAUGACUUGCUUCUCAUCGCCGUCCCACUUUAUUUCGUUUUGAAGCUUCAGAUCCCAAAGAAGCAACGUUUGGUCCUCGCUUCUAUCUUCUCUUGCGGAGCUUUCGUCACUAUUGUGUCAAUUAUCCGUCUCAAGGCACUCCAUGAAAAUGUGACGGGGCCAGAGGUGGAUCAACCAAUCACUGGCGUUAACAUUGCACUUUGGUCUCACCUUGACAUUAACGUUGCCAUUAUCUUCCUUUCUCUGCCUGCUCUACAGGCACUUAUUACCCGCUAUAUCUUGAAGAAGCACUACAGCGGAUCGGACUCGCAUUCUGGGGCCACUGGUGCCGUCACUGGAAGUGGUCCUGGCAGCCGCGUGCUACGUUCUCAUGCGACUAGAAAUGACGAUCUGGACUAUGAAGCUGGCGAUCGGAUGGCUAUUCAUGUCCAGCAAUCUAUCGAGAUGAAGUCCUAUGCCAUCGACGACACUGGUUCCGAAAAAGACUUGAUCGAUAAGCAGAAUUUUGGACCUACCAAUUACACAACCAUUAGUGCCGGCGGCAACAAUCCAAAAUCUAAUCAGAGCCCUGUAUGA